UCACAGAGGAAGUCCAGAUCGAAAUCCAAGUACCCGGCAACACGUAGGCUGCUGCUGAAGACCAAACUUCUGAAGAAGGCAGAGAGUCUCCUGGUAAAGGAAAAAGAGCAGAAGAAAAUAGAUCGAGACAAUGUUCUGAAUGAGAGAGUGCCUCCUCUAAAGCUCUCUGGACUCUCAGUACAGGAGCUUCAGGUACUUUGUAAAGAUUUGCACCAAAAGAUUGACAUUGUGGAUGAGGCUCGUUAUGACCUUUCGAUAAAAGUGGCCAGAAAUGAUUCAGAGAUUCAAUCACUGCAGCAGAAGAUCUACGAGCUGAAAGGGAAGAUGAACAGACCCAAACUGAAGAGAGUGAAGAAGUCGGCGGAUGACAAGUUGGGAGCCCUGACAGACACUAUGCACAUGAAGGCCGACUUCAAAGCCAACUUGAAGACUGUGAAGAAGGAGGAGGAAAAGCAGAAAGAGGAGGUGACAGACUGGAGGAAGAAUGUGGAAGCCAUGUCUGGGAUGGAGGGCAGGAAGAAACUUUUCAAUGCUGGACAGUGAACCAACAACAUCCUGCAGUGCUUUUAAAAAAAUUAAUGUUGCAGAAAAAACUAUGUUUGAUUAAUUAGAAAUAUUUCCCUAAAGAACUCCGUAUGGACUUAUCUUGAUGCAGUUUCUUGUGUGUAUGUGUGUCUGUUUCGUCGUGUGAUUGUUGAAUAUCUCAAAAAUGUAAAGAGAUUAGGCGUUUAUGUCUUGCGUAGAGUACUGAUCGUUGUUUUGAAGCUAAAUUGUGGAGCAUAUUAUCAGGAGAGAUGGAUUAGACGGUAGAACAACAUAAUAUUCCUAUCAUACCAACUGUGUAAAUAUUUGAUUCAUAUUCAGUGUGAUUAGGCUGAAUAAAUUUACUCUGUUUCCUCGCCAAA